UCUGAAUCAUUCAUCCAUAUUAAUUAGGUAUAUAAAAGUGCAAAUAUUGUAUCAGAUCAAUUGCAUUUAUCAGUCACAGUUGAGCUCAAUCUUUGGGAUGUUUUUCAUUCUCUACACACUCCUCCUUUUCUAUCAUCUUCAGGUAAAGGCAGAAAAGACCAUUUGCCAAAUGAUGGGAGACCCUAAAUACCCACUGCUGUCCAAGAAUGGAGACAUAACAAUUGGAGGAAUUUUUGCAAUCCACAGCAAAGAAACAUUACCUUCAUUUCAGUUUACACACAAACCUCAGCUUCUAUCAUGCUCCAGUGUCACUCUGAGAGAUUUUCGGCUGGCACAGAUCAUGAUCUUUGCCAUUGAGGAGAUUAACAGAAGUCAAAGUUUUCUUCCAAAUGUUUCUAUUGGUUACAAAAUUUAUGAUACAUGUGGUUCUAGACUGUCUUCAAUGAGUGCAACUAUGUCACUGAUGAAUGAUCAGGACUUUGCAGCAGGUGACAGAUGUAAUGGACAAUCUCCUAUACAUGCUAUCAUAGGGGAAACUGAGUCUUCUGCUACAGUAAUUCUGUCCAGAACUACAGGACCUUUUAAAAUUCCAGUGAUAAGCCACUCAGCCUCAUGUGAAUGUCUUAGUAAUCGGAAAGAUUAUCCCUCUUUCUUCAGAACUAUUGCUAGUGAUUACUACCAGGGCAGAGCACUUGCACACAUAGUCAAGCACUUAGGUUGGUAUUGGGUGGGAACAGUGAACAGUGACAAUGACUAUGGAAACAAUGGAAUGGCCAUAUUUCUGAAUGCUACCAAGAAGGAGGGCAUUUGUGUAGAGUACUCUGAGAAAUUCUACCGGACAGAGCCUGAAAAACUCCUAAAAGUGGUGGACAUAAUGAAAAAAGGCACAGCAAAAGUGAUUGUUGCAUUUGUUUCAUUUCUUGAGAUGGGCUUAUUAAUUGAGCAGCUCAGUAUUCAGAACAUUACAGGCCUCCAAGUGAUUGGCGUUGAGGGAUGGGUCGCUUCAAAUAACUAUAUCACUCCAAAAAGCUUUCGUGUGCUUGGGGGGGCACUGGGGGUUGCACUGAGAAAAAUCAACAUUGAAGGGUUUUCAAAUUAUGUUAUAAACACAUUUUGGGACACAGCUUUUCCAUGCACAGAGAGAGCUGAGAAUUCUUCACAAUAUGCAUUAAGUUGCAACAGAUAUCAGGAUUUACUCAUGCUGAAAAAUUACAAUGAAGAUGUACCUGAACACAGAUAUUCAAGCAACGUCUACAAAGCAGUGUAUGCUGUGGCUUAUGCACUACACAGUCUACUCAAGUGCAAAGAACAUGAAGGUUGUGAGAAAGACCUUACAAUACAACCACAGCAGGUCGUUGAGGCUCUGAAAAAAGUUAAUUUCACAGUAAAGUUUGGAGAUCAUGUGUGGUUUGACAGCACUGGUGCAGCAGUAGCUCAAUAUGAAAUUGUGAACUGGCAGCAGGACUCGGAUGGAUCAUUUCAGUUUAAACCAGUGGGCUACUAUGAUGCCUCACUGCCCCCUCACCAGUGCUUUCAUCUUAACACUGAAAACAUAAUUUGGGCUGGAGGACAGCUGGAGAAACCAAGGUCUGUGUGCAGUGAGAGCUGUCCACCAGGCACAAGAAAAGCUGCCCAGAAAGGAAGACCUGUUUGCUGCUAUGACUGUAUUCCAUGUGCAGAAGGAGAGAUCAGUAAUGAGACAGAUUCAAGUAACUGCAAGCAGUGUCCAGGGGAAUACUGGUCUAAUGCUGAAAAAAAUGAAUGUGUUUUAAAAGCUGUAGAGUUUCUUUCAUUCACAGAAGUUAUGGGUAUAGUGCUAGUAUUUUUCUCACUGUUUGGAGUAGGAUUAACUUUGCUAGUGGCUAUCCUGUUUUACAGCAAGAAGGACACCCCCAUAGUAAAAGCAAAUAACUCAGAGCUGAGCUUCCUGCUGCUCUUCUCACUGACUUUGUGUUUUCUCUGUUCACUUACUUUCAUUGGUCGGCCCACUGAGUGGUCAUGUAUGUUUCGUCACACAGUGUUUGGAAUCACUUUUGUCCUCUGUCUCUCCUGUGUUCUAGGGAAAACAAUAGUGGUGUUAAUGGCCUUCAGGGCUACACUUCCAGGAAUUAAUAUCAUGAAAUGGUUUGGGCCUGCACAACAACGACUCAGUGUUCUUGCAUUUACAAUCAUACAGGUUCUUAUUUGUGUGCUUUGGCUAACAAUAUCUCCUCCUUUUCCCUAUAAAAAUAUGAAAUACUAUAAGGAAAAGAUCAUACUUGAGUGCAGCCUGGGUUCAACUAUAGGUUUCUCUUCUGUGCUGGGUUAUAUUGGCAUACUGGCUUUGUUGUGCUUCAUUUUGGCUUUUCUGGCACGCACGCUGCCUGAUAUCUUCAAUGAAGCCAAAUUCAUCACAUUCAGUAUGCUCAUAUUCUGUGCUGUAUGGAUCACAUUUAUCCCAGCUUAUGUCAGUUCUCCUGGAAAAUUUACUGUAGCUGUGGAGAUAUUUGCCAUUUUAGCCUCAGGCUUUGGCUUACUUUUUUGCAUAUUCAUACCAAAAUGUUAUAUUAUCCUCUUUAAGCCUGAACUAAAUACAAAGCAACAUAUGAUGGGAAAGAAUCCAUCAAAGUCCUAUUAA